CAGAAGGCCUUUGGAGCUUCCUUCCAAAUGCAACACUGUGAUUGUAUGAAGAAGGAAGAUCUGGGGAGCUACUGGCUAGUCAGCCUCACCUCAGUCCCUGAAACGGUGAUGGAACAGCUCAUCCUGAAGGCCAUCUCUAAUCAUAUGGAAGUCAAGAAGAUGAUCAGGAGGACUCAGCAUGGAUUCAUUGAAGGGAAUCAUGCUUAAUGAAUCUGGUUGCCUUCUGUGAUGUCACUGCUGUCUGGACAGAUACUUCUAGAGGCCAUUGGGUCUUUGCCUGUGGUUGGAGUCUUCGUUGUCCUCCUUCCAGACCUCCUUCUCUCCAUCAACAGGAAGCUCUACUUUGAAAAGAAAGGUGGGUUCUCAUGCCUGGAACAACAAGGGAGAAGAAAACAUUACAGUCUAGAGCUCGUGAUGGCCUGGCUUUCUGAAUCGUAAGUGACAUGCUGGUGAAGCUGAACAGCUGAUCUCCAGAUACUGUUAUAGUAUUAACCAUGGCAUCUGAGGCUGUUCAGAGUUUUCUUCAGCCGCUCUCUUCUUGGUUGUCUCAAAUAUACGAAGCUAUCCAACAAGCAGGAGACUCCAUAUCUGCUUCACUGCUGAAUUUGAGUGGAGUCGGUCGUGAGUCAGAAGAAGAUAGAAACCGGGGCUUGGAAGGCAGUGGAGUAGCUUAUGAGGAUUAUUCUGUGGAAUCAGAAGAUGAAAGACGCAUAGACCUGUGGGAUGAGGAGUACACGUGCCCUAGAGAAGAUGGUCACAUUGCAGGUCAUGAUCUUGCUUCAAAGGCCCUCCCCUGUGGUUCUGACAUGAGUCUGCAGAGGCAAAAAUGGGUUAAAAAUACCACCAGCUUACCCCAGCAAUGUACUGAAAGGACUGGGCCUUUGGCUGCCGAUGGAUCACAUUGGAUGAACGAAGAUCUGCAGCCACUUCCUACUAUCUCUGAAGAUGAAAGUGAGCGCUCUGUGAGGAUGAGAGGUCAUGAUUACAGCAUCAGCGUGGGUAGCUCUUUAGAAAUUAAUAAAGACAAGGCAAGUUUUGCAGAUCUGGAUGGACUAAGCCAACUGAGUUACCAAGACAACCUGUCCUGUCAUGGAAAUGACCAUAUAUCUGUUGAUUCAAGAACAACGGAGUGCAUGAGUGCUGGGAAGCAUUCAGGGCCUAGGAUGGAGUCCAGCACUGCUGAUGGCUUCAGCCAGCAAGCCGCAGAAGGAUGUUUGGAAUUGGAGGCAGCAUUUAACAACCAGGGAUUUGAAGGAAAUGAUGCUACUGACAGCUCAUCAGCUUGGAGCCCUGAGGAGGCUGAUGAGGUGAACAAUGAACCAGCUCAUCACAGUGCUCAUCAGCCCGUUUGUAAAUGCGGUGAUCUUGAUGUCAUUUUCAGUUAUAAAGCCUCAAGUCAAAAGCUCGUAGUUACCAUCUUGGAGGCCAGGGACAUCCCAGACAAAGACCGCAGUGGUGUGAACACUUGGCAAGUGCACACAGUAUUGAUGCCUAGCAAGAAACAGAGGGGUAAGACAAGUGUUCAGCGAGGACCCAUCCCUGUGUUCAAGGAUAAUAUCACCUUUAGUAAGCUGGAGCCACAUGAGUUAGGUGGCCAUGCUGUCCGUUUCCGCCUCUAUGCUGUGCACAAGGUGAUUGGAGAGAAGAUGAUGGGAGAGCAGUUGUUCUACCUGAGCAACAUCAGCCAGGAAGGGGAAGUGAAGGUGACGUUGGUCUUGGAGCCAAGGAGCAAUUUGACCAGUGCAGACUCUCAGCUUAGUCUGUCAGCAAUCUCUCACAGUGAUAGCGCUUCUUCAACACAGUCCCUGUCGCAUGGAGGGGUGCCAGAGCUGCUCGUGGGCUUGUCAUACAAUGCAACUACGGGGCGGCUGUCAGUGGAGAUGAUCAAAGGCAGUCAUUUCCGAAACCUCGCAAUUAAUAGGCCACCUGAUACCUAUGGGAAGCUUUGCCUGCUCAACUCUGUGGGCCAGGAGAUGUCUCGCUGCAAGACCUCCAUCCGUCGAGGGCAGCCCAAUCCUGUCUACAAGGAAACUUUCAUCUUCCAGGUUGCCCUCUUCCAGCUCUCCGAUGUCACACUAAUGAUCUCCAUAUACAACAAACGCAGCAUGAAGCGCAAAGAGAUGAUCGGCUGGAUCUCCAUGGGGCAGAACAGCAGCGGAGAAGAAGAGCAAAGUCAUUGGCAGGAGAUGAAGGAGUCAAAGGGGCUGCAGGUCUGCAGGUGGCACACGUUGCUGGAGUCUUAAUGGUAACCAGGGCAGCCUGUGGAUCCCAGGACGAUGGACUGUGUUCCCUCGUUCUCAGUCAGCAGGAAGCAGCUGUCCCGUGGCAAGCGCUGUGCUCUGAGAGGUCGUGCACUCUUUAACCUGACUUUUCAGUAUCAUCUGUCAGGCAUUAAAAGUGACAACACCUGGGAAGCUAAUUUAGUUCUUCUCUUUCCAGGUUGCCCUGCGUUUUCCACAUCCAAAUUAGUAACCCUAGCAAAAGCAAGGGCAAACCUACGAGAUCCUCCCUUUGCUCCUCAUCUAGCUUAUUUUAUCAUGUCUAAUCAUCACAGUUCAAUUUUGAGGCUGUGUUCUUCCGGAGUAAAUUCUCUGAUCCCUUCCUUCUUUAUAUUAACGAAGUUUGCAAAUGUUCUUGACACGCAGAUAGCUCACAGAUAGGAUAAACUGCAUGCAGAUCACAUUUUUUCUCUUUUAUUAUCUAAUUUUUUAAGUCCUAGAAAUGAACAUUUGAUACCAGUAUAGACUGGAUUUUUCAGGCAGCAUGGGAAAGCACUGUUGAAUUCUCUGUCACUUUGAAGUGCCUAGGCGUUAUUACUGUUUCUGAUACUGAUAGUGUUUAUUUGGACUUAAUACUGCCAGUACUCUUAAUCAGGCAUCCUGUGCACUUGUUAGCCUGUAUUGCCACAGAGAUUGCAUGAGGGAUAACUAAUAGUAGUUUUAUAUUGUGACUAUACAAUGCAUGUUUGGAUGCUUACUUGAAGUUCAAGGCUUCUGUCAUCAUGAAUACCAAAAAACAAAGACCAGAACAAGCUGCACGUCCACCUUUGUGCCUGAAUCACUCUUUUCUGCAUCACUGUUUUGAUCAUGUGUUAUUUUGUUCUGUAAAAGUGAGUUUCAUUCAGAAAAGCAUUUCUGUGAGCAUUAUACAGAAAAGCUUUUGAUCCAUGAUUUCUCUGUUGUUCACUUAAGCACAACUCAAGUUUACUGAGGGCUCUUGUUCAAAUGGGCUAUCUGUAGUAUCUUUGGGGACUGGAAAGAGAACCAUUUUUGGCAUGUUGAGCAGUAGAGAACGGCAGACCAGGUCACUUCAUCUUUGGGACAAUCUCUCCUACAAGAACAGGUGAAAUAGGACCCAGGGGGCUGCUCCUGGAGGGGCAGCUUGCAGGGAGGAGGCUUGAUGGAUGAAGUGGUGUAGUUACUUUUUGUCCCGUUUUGUUAUUUUCCAUUUUAAUCAUUUUUCCCAUCUCCAUGAGUUGAAGGUGUAGAGUCAGUGGCUAGGGAAGAAGUCUUCAUCUGCUUGACUAUUGAACACUGAGCUGUAAUUAGCUGCUGGAAAGCUGCAUGUGGCACAGCAGAGGAUGUGGAUUCUCUUGGGCAGUGAUGGUAUGUAGACAGAAAGGUGCCAAGAUAUUCACAUGCCAUCAGCUGCCUGAUUUUAAUUCCCUAAGCUCUUUAGAAGAGGAUGAGCGUUUCUUCAUCCCUUCUGAUGACAGGAAGGAAAUAUUAUGCUGGAAAGGUUUCUCUCUUCUGAAUCAGCUCAUGUUUUGUUUUUGUCAUUUGCUAGUCUGGCACCAGAUUCUGUCUCUUGCACCACAGCUGUCUCCUUCCAUUCAGUGGUGCUGUGCAAGUUUCAGCACUGGCUGUUUAACCAAAAUUGAGCCUGAGUACUGGUUUGCAUCACACUCAGGCUCGUGAUCACCCACUGGGCAGUGGUGUGGUAGAUGCAGGUUCUCACUUGUGUAAUACACUCAGUCUUUGUCUGUCCUCACGUGGCAACCCAGCAAGAUAAUCUUACUAAAGAAGGAUUUCUGGUGUGGGUGAGACAACCCCUACAGAUUGUGGCUUUGUAUGUUCUUAACACUUACUUGCCUGGGCAUCAUUUUCCAGUGAGACUGUCCUAUGCAGGAGGAUUGUCCUCCACUGCCUCGAUAAGCUGGCACAAUAUCUGCUCUGCACUACUGGGGCUUUGUAUCUCAAAUCAGGAUCUAACCAAAACACAACUGCAUUUUUGACUGCACUGUUAACUCUGCUGUGUUGCCAAUAGGAGAGAUAACAAGUAUCUGAGUAGUAAUAAGCCAACCAGUCUAAAUGUGGCUUUUUUUUUACUGUAUGUUUUUCUUCUGGAAAAAGCACAUAAAACAGACCAAAUCUAAAGGUGCAUUUGCUGAUUUCAGUUGUUCUUCAAUCUCUGCAUUUUUUCCUGAACUGCAUGAAAUGUAAAUUCAAGUGUUUAUAAGUAAUUUUAUUAUCUGAGAUGUGUAUAAUAAAGUUAUUCAGAUUCUCUUAGUAUCUUCUUGAACCUUUAAAGUGUCGCUUAUGCUUAAUUUAAUGAUUAGCUAAGGGAAAAGUAUAAAUUGGUAGUAUGUUUCACAAGUGAACUGGAGAUAACCCAGAUUUAUAAUUGUGUGAUUCAAAAGAAUUAUUGGAAGGGCUAGUUUUAAAAAGCAAUGAAGUGAACUAAUUUUGGGCUUGCAUGCUGUUUUC